CCGUUGGAACAAAAAAACCAGUUUUAUUUGUUUGUUUUUUUUUAAUUAUUAUAAUUUGGUCUUAAAUUUUAUUUUCCCCGAAGAAAAAUAAAAUAAGAAACGUUUCGGAUCUGAGAGGGGUGCGAUGGAUUUUAUACGACAAUGAUGAAAUCAGCAGCAAUCAUUCUUCUGUGGCUCUGAAAAUUCGAUUCUCCUUCGGUUUCCUUGUUGUUGUGUUGCCUUUUCGAUUUAAUUAAUGUUUCAAAUCUGACGCCAUGAGGAAGAAGCUGGAUACCCGUUUCCCUGCUGCCCGGAUUAAAAAGAUUAUGCAAGCUGAUGAGGACGUUGGGAAGAUAGCAUUAGCGGUGCCUGUUUUAGUGUCUAAAGCGUUGGAGCUAUUUUUGCAAGACCUUUGUGACCGUACCUAUGAGAUAACCCUCCAAAGAGGAGCUAAAACCAUGAACUCACUGCAUCUAAAGCAUUGUGUACAGAGCUAUAAUGUGUUUGAUUUUCUGAGGGACAUCGUCAGCAGAGUUCCGGACUAUGGUCAUGGUCAUUCUGAUGCUGCUACUGAUGACCGAACCAUUUCAAAAAGAAGAAAACCACCAGGUGAUGAAUGCAAUGACAGUGAUGAAGAAUUGAAGAGGAGCAAGAUGCUUGAGAUAAACCAUGGCAGCAGCAGUGGCAGAGGGAGAGGCCGGGGUCGAGGACGAGGCCGUGGACGUGGUCGGACAGCUGAAAGAGAGAUUUCACACCAUGAGACUGAAUCUGAACCCUGCACAUCUCUUCAGCAGACCAUUAUACCUAAUCCAAACCCUGGAAUGGUGGCGGAUGAUGUUUCCGAGUCGAAGGAUGUAUUGAGGGAAAAUGUCACUGUCCCUGAUGAAACUGAUCCAGCAGUUCGAAAUUUUGAUCUGAAUGCUGAUGUAAAUGAUAACGAGGACACAAAAGCUGCAGCAAGAGCAGCCCAAGCUGGAGCAAUGGCAUCCCAAGCAGCCCCAGUGGCAUCCCAAGCGGCCCCAGUGGCAUCCCAAGCAGCCCCAAUGGCAGCCCAAGCUGGAGCAAUGGCAUCCCAAGCACCCCCAGAGGCAUCCCAAGCAGCCCCAAUGGCAGCCCAAGCCUCAUCAGCCGGACCUAUUUCUGAGCCUAAACAUGAAGAAUAUCCUGGGUGGUCUCUCGCUGAUGUGGAUAGAAUGGCCAUUGAUCCUCUUCAACUUGCAAAUCUGAGCAGAAGGCUAGACGAGGAUGAAGAAGAUUAUGACGAAGAGGGCUGAAUUCCACUUGAUGGCUUAUUGUCCCAAAGCAGGGUAGCGGGAACAAGAUCAGUGGAAAGCUCUUGAAGGAAAAUUAAAUAAAAGUAAUACAAAAGGUGGAAUAGUGACCUAAUUGGAGAUGAAAUGGCCAGUGCACUUUGUCCCAACAGAGAGUCGGAAUUUCUUAUCCUGUCCAAUGUUAGUAUCGUAGCAUUUGUUAACAUCCAUUUCCAGAGGUAGCUUUUCCGUGACGAUGACACAGAGGAUAGCCUCUGCAGUAUGACACUUAGCAGUGUAUGGAGAAUCUGGCACCCUUGAAUAGUGGUGGAUUGCCCUAUGAGUGGUUUGCCUUUUAAUUUACUAUGUUUGUCAUAGAUUUCUAGGACAUUUAGUAGCUUGCUCCUCGUUAUCUUGUGAAAGCUAUUAGUUCUGUUAGGCUUUUCAAUUAAUCUUCUGACCCGUGAACUGGAUUUUGUUUCCCUUGCUCUCUCUUACUCUUUUCGCUCCUAAAGAAGUUCCGCAAUGAAACGG